GUGAAGGGAAAACUUUAAAGCAGGGAUCGUGACGCAGUGGUGCAAAUCAUUGCAUUGAAUUGAAGUGUGUGUGUGUGUGUGUGAGAGAGAGAUGGGGAGAGCGUGAGCGUGCGGGACAGUGCGCGUGCACACCGACUGAAGCCAAGUGAGGCGAAGUGAAGCGCGCGUGCUGCCGUCCUUCUUUACUUUUUCUUUUUUCCCUUUUUUUUCUUUUUUUUCUUUUCUUUUCUUUCCCUCCCCUUUUGCUCAAAGUUCGGUCUCGCGCGGAUCGAGCCGCAGUGACGCAAUCAAGCAUUUCAGCGCGCGCCGUUUCUGGCUUCUCCUGCGUGACGCAUGAUGGGUGCCAUGUUUAAUUUCCUACUUCACUGAUUUAUAUGAGCCGCUGUGUGUUUGUGUGAACGCGGGCCGCCAUGUCGCAGCUGCUGCACGUGGAGAUCCCGAACUUCGGCAGCGCCGUGCUGGUGUCGCUCAACGAGCAGCGCCUGCAGGGCCUGUACUGCGACGUGUCCAUCCUGGUGAAGGGCCAGGCCUUUCGGGCGCACCGCGCCGUCCUCGCCGCCAGCAGCCUGUACUUCCGCGACCUGUUCAGCGGCAGCGCCAAAUCAGAGUUCGAGCUGCCUUCUUCAGUCACUCCGGCCUGCUUCCAGCAAAUCCUGUCCUUCUGCUACACGGGGAAGCUGACCAUGGCGGCCAGCGAGCAGCUCGUCGUUAUGUACACCGCCGGGUACCUGCAGAUCCAGCACAUCGUCGAGAGGGGCAUGGAGCUCAUGUUCAAGGCGAACUCGCCUCACUGUGACUCGGCCACCGCCGCCACGGACGAGCCCGGGUCAGAGCCUCCGAGCCCUAACAACAACAACAACAACAUCACCGCCAACAACGCGCACGCGGCUGCACCGACAGCUGCGGCAGCAGCGUCGGCCAUGUUGGCUCCUCCCAGCUGGUCACCUUCACUCCGCAGGGUGAAGACGGAGGGCACCGAGACGCCGCUGAGCCUCCCGGGAGGAGCCAAGAAGAGCUCUGGGGUGCGAGGAAACUCGUUAUUCUACCCCGGGGUGCUGGGCAUGUAUCCCGUCAUCCCCGGCGAGCGCUCCAGCCCGGGGGCGUCCAGCCUGCCCACCACAGACAGUCCUACGUCUUAUCAGAACGAGGACGAGGAGUUCGACGAGGAGAACUACGACGGGAUCGGCGAUGACGCCUUCGCACAGAUGUACAGCCGCUCGACAAAUGCUUACGCAAUGACGGAUAAAUCCGAGAUGAUUCCUGUGCCUCUGGAAAGUCGUCCUUGUGUCCUGCUGCGGCGUGACUUGGUAGCUCUGCCCGCUAGCCUGAUUAGCCAAAUCGGCUACCGGUGCCACCCUAAACUCUACACCGAGGGCGACCCGGGGGAAAAACUCGAACUAGUCGGAGGUACGGGAGUGUUCAUGACCAGAGGACAGCUGAUGAACUGCCACUUGUGCGCUGGUAUUAAACACAAGGUCUUGCUGAGGCGACUGCUCGCAACGUUCUUCGACAGAAACACUCUGGCGAACAGCUGUGGGACUGGAAUCCGCUCGUCUACCAGCGACCCGAGCAGAAAGCCCCUGGAUAGCCGAGUUUUAAACGCGGUCAAACUCUACUGUCAAAACUUUGCGCCCAACUUCAAAGAGAGCGAGAUGAACGUGAUCGCCGCCGACAUGUGCACCAACGCGCGCCGCGUCCGGAAGCGAUGGCUGCCCAAGAUCAAGUCCAUGCUGCCUGAAGGCAUCGACAUGUACCGUGGCUCAGGGGCGGGGCUUAAUCUGGCCAUUCCCUUGGCCUUUGACCAAGACUUCAAGCAGCUCCCUCUGUUCGGAGAGCGCAAGGACGCUGUUAGAACUCAGCAGCCGCUGGAUAACGAAAGUCCGGAGCUCAUGGAGGGCCAGGUGGAGGAGGAAGAGGAGGAGGAGGAUGAAGGUGCCAUGCCCGAGGGAGUAGAGGAGACUUUAGGCUCCAGUCCGCUUCUUCUAGGGGUGGAGGGUGGAGUUCAGGGUCGUCCUGCGCAUGACGGACAGCAGCAGGAGGAGGAGUUUGGCGAAGGCCUGAGGAUCAACGGGCAGUGAGAAGCUGCUGGUGGUUUUAGCAGAAACGUCCAUGUGUAGGAGCCAGGCUGUGUUUCAGUACUGUUCUUAAUGUGCCCUUAUCGACUUCCCCUAGACUGAAUGUAGCACAGAUAGUUUAUCAGCAGAAGUGAAGUUUGUAAAAAAAAAAAAAAAGAGUAGAGGUAAGAAGAACGGGGCAUGACUGACUGCUGAGAAGCAAAGAGGCCACGCCUCUUUUACUGAGACUGACAAUCGCGGCAAAGGCGUCGUCGUCGUUUUGGGCAACGCCCUCCUCGUCCCACACUCCGGGUGUGUGACGUGUUUUAUAAGUCAAUAAGGAUGAAUUAAAAACAUUACUGAAUCACGGAAUGAGUCGCACUAGUGCGUGCAGCAGGGCAUGCUGGGUAGCGUGUGCUUAAAGGAUAAACAAACACAGGCAUGGCUUAUGCUCGUAGAAGAAAACAGAUCUGCACUGGUGCUGAGACGCAGCGUGUCCUCGACCAUCCUCAGACCCGCAGUGUAAAUCGCUGGUAAAGCUCUCGUACCUCAGCGACCUUCCGCCGGAGAGAUUUCUUUCUGUGAUACACUGAAUGUCCUGUACUUUCCAGGAAAACAAGACCUCCCAAGAAAAUGAAAUGGAUACGUUACUCCAUCGUCCGUCGGGAAAACACCGCGCAUGCGAACGGCCAGCGCUAACGAGCGCUCCAACUCUAACGCUUUCAGGAUCUCGCUCCAAGCGACCGAAAUAACAUUUUAAAUGGAUCCUCCGGCGUCUUUCAGUCUGAUCUCUACUCACUCCUUCUCUAGUUUAUCCUCAUUCCUUUCAUUUAUACACUUUCCCCAAGACAUUUUGUUUUUGUGUUUAAGCACGACUUACGCUAGAAGUCUAAGGGCAGCUCUGAGCGAUAAUGAAAAAGUGUUCAGACGAAACAGAAUUGAGAAAUAAUCAGGCUUUUCUUUUAACUUUCCAACAAAAGAAGUUGUUCGAAUUUAGUUUCCGUCUCCCAGAAUGCUUUGUGGUAUCGCUACACCAGCAGGGAGGUUGAGAGGCGCUGGAGCACUUACGAUAUUCGCCCCGUUGCUAUGGUGAUACAGGUGAACUUUUCAGACAAAAAGUGAGAAAAUUCGCUCUGCGAAAUGAAAGAGCGUGGAGAAAAAGAAACCCGUGACUUAAUUAACCAACCAGAGCUCAAACUUGUGAGUCUGGAUAACGUCUGGAUUUUGCGAUAAUAAAAGCGCAGGAUAAGAUACUUUACUUGCAUGUUGAUUAAUUGAUUUAAAUUUAAAUGUAAAAUAUUAUUUAUAGAUUAUUAAAAUAUUGUCCAGAAUGACAGUUUUCAUGUUAAACGCUUCACACCUGCCCUUAGACUUCCUUUGCCCUUUUUAUUAGUUCUGCAUAAAGCGUAGUGGUUAGCACGGUCACCUCGCACCUCCAGGGUCUGGGUUCGAGUCCCAUCUCGGGGUCUGUGUGCGUGGACUUUGCGUGUUCUCUCUGUGCUUUGUGGGUUUCCUAUCCGGUUUCCUCCAAUAGUCCAAAAAAAUACAGAUAAUGGUGUUCCCGUAUUACCUGUAGUGUGUGUGUGCGAGUGUGUGUGUGCGAUGGUGUGUACCCCGCCUGGUGCCCAAAGUCUCCUGGGAGAGGCUCCAGACCUCUGGUGACCCUGUACAGGAUAAAGCGGUACGGAAGAUAAAUGAACGAUUAGAUUUUGUUUCCACACACACACACACACACACACACACACAUACACUGCAGAUGUGAUGUAUGGAGAACAUAAGGUUUAGGGUUUUCCUUUAAUAGCCGAAGCACUGCCUGUGUUUGUUUAAAUCGAGCUCCGCUGUCAUUUCCAAUAAUGCUGAAACUAAACACGGAGAGACGGAACGGACUGCGUCCAUACGGACUGCGUCCAUACGGACUGCACGCCGGAGCGGUUAAAGCCGCGGCGCUUGCAUGCAAAAUGAAAAUAAUAAUGCGAUGCUCAAAACCACAGCAUCGCAAAACUAAACGCGGACUCUCGCUCUAUGAUUUUUUUUUGUUUUAUUUCCCUCCAACAGUUUAAUGGACUCCAUUAUUGUUUUAAAAACAAAAACGAAUGAUUUUCACUGUGAGGGUCUGAAGAUAGAUUUUUUUUGUUUUGUUUUGUUGCUUAUGGUUUUCUACUGUAAAUUAUUUAAUAUGAGACUGAUAUCAUUUUUAUCAUUUUUGCUGGCUUUUUUUUUUUGGUUUAGUUUUAUUUCCCUGCAUUUGCACUUGAACCGAGGGACGUGACAGAGAAACUGAAAUGACUUGAGAGCUCUUCGACUUCCUUUUUUGUUUCUUUUUUUUUUGUUCUCCCUCGGGAAUCGAUCCAGAGAAAUUCGACGAAGAAAUUUCAGUGAAAUUUCAACACUACGAGCUCGGACACUUUUCCUUUAGUUUUUUUCUUCUUCUCAUUUUAAGUUUUAUUUCAUGUUCACAAUGGAUAAUCUAUAGCAGAUCUUUAGCUGCGCGCUCCUCUUUUCCUCUGUGUGUGUGUGUGUGUGUGUAUGUCUAAGUCGUGAUACGAUACUCAACUUCACUUUUCUCCUAAAGGCGAGUGUGACAUGAUUGUGCACUCUUUGGAUUUGUCCCAGAACACAAGAAUGAAGAAAUCCAAGUUGUUGUUUUUUUUGUUGUUUUUUUAAUGAUUAUGUCGAACAAAACUUCAUCAGAAUGCAGAGGACGGCCAUCACUUUUGCAUGGCUGUGGUUUGAAAAGCCAGAAAUUGGAUGAGAAUUUAGUUUUUUCUCAGAUUCUUCAGGUUUGUUGAUUUUGCUUUUUGGAGGGACAUAAGAGCCAAAAAUAAAUCCAAAAGAAUCAGAGGAGUACACAGUUUCACCUCGAACCCUAAGUGGUCAGUGGUUUUCUGCUUUUGGACUGGAGCUACGAGGCUAAUGCAGCUAACAAGUACAACACGCCUGUACCACCUUGUUUAACACUGAGAUUUAAUUCUAGUUCAGCUUUCUAAUUGGAAGGGACUUAAACUUAAACUCAGUACUGGUUUGUUUGUCAUGGGAACACUUAGUCAGAAAGUUUUUCAAAGAUGUUUCCAUGAACAUCUACACAAACAACUCUGCAUUUAUUUAAAAAAAAAAAAAAAAGAAAUAGGAGUGUGUGCACUAGGAAAUAAAUUAUAAGGUUAAUAAUUAGUUGAAUUAUCUCAGUGAUUAAGGCAUUGGACUACAGUGCAGAAGGUCCCAGGGUUAAACCCCACCACCACCCUGUUGCCCCUGAAUGGAGCUCUUAACCCUCAACUGCUCAUAUAUGAUAAAUAUGAUAAAAACCUAAGCUGCUAUCGAUAAGGGCGUCGGCCAAAUGCCGUAAAUGUAAAUAACACCUUGUUGCUUGCCUGCAGUAACAUCCAGUGCCACUAGAGGGUGGGAGGAUCAGGGCAUUAUAAGAUUAAGUCACCGUUAAUGAUUUUUCAUUAAACUUAUUUACAAAUGUUCAUGAAACCUCUUAAAUGCCAUCAUUUGUUAUGAGUUACAUGGAUUACAAACAAUGAAAGACGUCUUAACAUGGCAUCAGUGGGAUGAUUUGUCUCUUCAUCGCCCCCUAGUGGCAGAUCUUUUUAUUUUUUUUUUUUUUUUUUUUUAAAUACAUUCAGGACUGGAUUAAAUUUCUGAUUUAUAUUUAUGAAGCUCCUCAAGUAAAACUAAUCCUGCCUGAAUAGGGGUUAUGUGAAAUGAAAGAAAGAAAACAUGACUCGGUGUUAGCCUCGUAGCUCCAGAUCUCACACUUUAAGACUCCAGAAUGCCUCGGAUGGGGAAGAUGCAUACAGUUCAUGCAGGAGAGAGGAAGCUCGAAGUUCCGAAGGAACACAUAUGGCUGUGGGUGAAUCAGUACGUGUGUUUGUGUGUGUAUGUGUGUAUAUACACAGUAGGAUGAGUAUCAGUGCCUUAAUGAGACUUGGUGAAGUUGAGGAGAGACGUGUGAUGAUGUUCAGAGCUAAAAUUCAUCCACUUUUUAUGGCGUACCUGAGGGUUCGGACCACAACUGACUGUCUCUGGUGCGUGCUCAUAAAUGACCUUGAUACCAGCUGUAUGAACAGUACAGUACAGUGUGAGUAGUGUGAGUGAAAUAGGCACCCUGGUACCAGACUGUAGAAAACGAUGUACUGUAGAACCAUCAGACCCUUCGCUCUUAUAGGAACGCUACUAAACCUCUUUCUGACCUGUAAAGAAUUAUCGUUCUUAUUAUUAUUUUUUCUUUCUUCAAACAUCAGAACCUUCACUCACUCUCACUCACUCAUCUUCUGUACCACUUUAUCCUGUAUUCAGUGUCGCGGGGACCUGGAGCCUAUCCCAGGAGCCUAUUGGGGCACGAGGCGGGGUACACCCUGGACAGGGUGCCAAUCCGCCGCAGGGCUAAGGACCUACAAUAUCCCCUAAAUGUAUCUUUUUUUUCCUAGCACAUUAUUAGGCUCUAAAUCUGUAGACAACGUUGCACUUAGAUGCUGAGAGGAACUCAGAAGAAUGUCGACCGCUAAUCCGAACGGUGUAAAACGCUGUUCGCGCUAGCAUAACGCUGUCCCAUGUGGAGUGACGGGCGAGUUUAUCUGUCCGUCCGUCCUGUUAUGUUUUUUUUUGUUUGUUUUUACAUUGUAGAUGCUACUUUUGUCAUUAAGACUUCACGGUCUCUAAAUCGCGGCACUAAUGCCUAAGUGUUUUUGCACAAAACUGCAAAAGAAGGUCGGCGAAUUGUUUUAUUUUUAUUUUUCCCUGAGAGAUGUGUCCCAAGGACAAACGAUGAGUUUUAAAACCCUAUUAUGAUCAUUUGGAGUUUUGUUUUUGUUUUUGUGUGUUUUUUUUUCUUUCUUUUCUGUUCUGUUUGUUCGAACAGAGCCGUGAAUCAUGAAUCAAGAAUCGUCUUGUGAACUUUAUACCGAUGAGAAUUAGGGCUGUUUAUCUAAAAAUAAGAGUCAAAGACAAACACCUCACUGUUGCACUCUUUAUGUGCAGUUUAGUACGAAAUGACUCUUGGGAGUCGACUCUUAUAGAGACGUCGUGAAUCAUUUACUGAGAGAUUUAGCAAUUUCCGCUCCUCUUAGUGAGUCGGAUCAUUCGACUCGGCUCAGCGUUACGAGUCGACUCUUUCGGCUGUCAGACAACUCGUUGACUUUAUUUCCAGUUUACGGCAAAAUGUCAAGGACCUGACUCUCGGGAGUCGACUCUUAAUGAUGUCUCAUGAAUCACUGGUGCAGUUAAGAGAUGGGAAUUCACGCUCUUGUUAGUAAGUCAGAUCAUUUGACUCAGCUCAACUCUACGAGUCGACUCUUUUGACUCUCAUUGACUUUAUUUCCAGAUUUGAGCAGAAUGGGAAGGGGUCACCGAGGGGCAGCAAAUCACAUUCACCGUUCAGACAGGCAAAGCGAAACAGAUUCAUUUGGUUACAAUCACUUAUUGAAACGCUGAACAGAGCUUUCUCAACAUCUUUAAUCAAUUAUACCACUGGAGUAUUAGCGUUCCCAACAUCUACAAAAACAACGAGAAUAAAAGCAUCUCAUAAACGUGAGUCUCAGUGUUCAUUCAAAUGAUUCAGCUCGAAGAGUCGACUCGUUCACAAAUGACACGCGACUCAUCCAAAAGAGAAAAAAGGAUGAGUUUUAAAACCUGAUCACGAUCAUUUCAGCCUUUUUUUGUAUCUGUAUUUGUGUUUGUUGUAUUUAAACGGUGCUGCAAGUCAUGAAUCAUUUCUACGCUUCAUGAGUUCGAACUCAUAAAGAUGCUGCUGUUUAGUGUUUAAUCAGCAGGUGCUUCUUAAUAAGAAAAAAAAGAGAGAAUGUUUCAAUAAAUUGCUUGUGUUUUAAACAAGACCCACACACUCGA